CAUCCGCCCCAGAAAACACUGUCCCAUCUCGGCAAGCAGCAUCCCCGCAAACCUGCCGCGGGUUUGGCGACCAUCCCCGUGAUGCCGCACUUGUGCAGGCUGGUGAUCUACAUGUUGCUGGGGCUGGGGUCCCUGCUGGUGGGGGCACUGUCCCCAUCCUGCCCCCCUACCUGCCAGUGCUAUGACACCUCAAAAGUCUUCUGCUCAAGUGAAAGAAUGCGGGAGAUCCCGGAGGGCCUGCCAGGAAGUGCCACCCACCUAUUCUUCGUGGAGACAGCCCUGAGCAGCAUCCACAGAGGGAACUUGGGCCCCAGCACCACCCUCACCAAGCUGGUCUUCAUCAAUAACAACAUCCAGGAGCUGGAGGCUGCUGCCUUUCAGGGGCUGCCCAGCCUCACUGAGCUGGAGGUGUCAGGCAACCCCUUGCCAGCCGUCAGCCUUGGGGUGCUGGCAGGGCUGACCAGCCUCAGCAAGCUCUCCCUCACUACCAACGCCAUCCGCACCCUGCAGCCAGGGCUCUUCACCGGCUCUUGCAGCCUGCAGGACCUGAGCUUAUCAAGGAACAGGAUCGAGGCACUGCCCCCCGGCAUCUUCCACCCGCUGCGGCAGCUCCAGGCUCUGGACCUGUCACAGAAUGCUCUGGCUGAGCUGCCCGAUGGGCUGCUGGCCCCACUUGUCGCCCUUCGUGUCCUCAAGCUCAGUGACAACCUGCUGGCACGGGUGCCUCCUGGUGCUUUCAGGGCACUUGGCCAGCUAACUGAGCUGCACCUGGAUGGCAAUCGGCUGGAGGAGCUGCCCUCCGGCAUCUUCUCCGGGCUGGGCGGGCUGCGGCGGCUGCAGCUGCAGCACAACGCCCUGGGCAGCCUGGCCUCCGGGCUGGGCGGGCUGCGGCGGCUGCACCUGCAGCACAACGCCCUGGGCAGCCUGGCCCCUGACAUCUUCACGGGUCUCCUCAACCUCACCGUCCUCAGCCUGGAGGGCAACAGCCUGGCCACCGUGCCUGCCAUCCUGUUCGCUGGCACCCCUGGCCUCCUCCGCCUCUCGCUGGCUCGCAACCAGCUGGAGACGCUGCCCCAGGAGCUCUUCGCUAACCUGUCAGUGCUGGAAACCCUGGCGCUCUCACACAAUGCCAUGGCCUGCCGGCGGGGGCGGUGCCCCCCCCCCCCCCCCCCCCCCCACAACAACCUGUCCAGCCUGCCGGCGGGGCUGCUGGCCGGGCUGCCCCUCCUCACCGCCCUGCUGCUGGACCACACCCGCCUGGCCCGCCUGCCCGCGGGGCUCUUCGAUCACAACGAGGAGCUGGUGCGGGUGGGGCUGUCUGACAACCCCUGGCUCUGUGACUGCCGCCUCUCCUACCUCCUGAACUGGCUCCAGAGCUUUGCCGAGCCCCUCAUCCACGGCCAAGCCUUCUGUGCCGGUCCAGCUGCUCUCCAGGGCCAGUCCCUGCUGGAGGUGUCCCGCGGGCAGCUGCAGUGCCCGGGAGCGCACGGUGUGCCCCCAGAGGAAGGCUGGGACACAGAUGCUCCGGGGCAGUGCACCUACAGCAGCCCCGAGGGCGCCGUGAGCGUGGCCUGCAAUGCCACAUCCUGCCAGCGGCUCAGCCUCCGCCUGCCUCCCCCCGGGCAGCAGCGGGGCUCGGCGCCGGCUGCGUACCGGGGCGCCUGGGUGCUGCGCUCCCGCUGCGGCACGCUGCAGGUCAGUGUCCUCGUCACAGCACAGAGCGGCAACGAGACCACAGCUGGCCAGGUGAUGAGACCCCCGUCUGGUGUCCUCACUCCUCGCAUGGCAUGGCUCACUCCGGGGGCUGAACUCGUUUGCAAGUGCUCAGCCAAGACAAUGUACCAGCAUUUCCUUUUCCUUUUCUUCCUCUCCUUCAAUCCCCAUAAUUGCCAAGGUCAAAUCCUGGGUGAAGAUCCAUAUGAAAUGCCCAAAGACUACCAGGAGGUCUACAAAGGGACAAAAAAUGAUGUCAAAGAGAUACCAAAGAUUGCAAAGCCCUUUGUUUCUGAGAUGAUCUUUGUGCAAACCAGCAUCACUGCUAUAAGGAAAGGUGCCUUCAGGUACAUGCCCAACCUGAUCAAGAUUUUGUUCAUUGGCAACAAGAUCAAGACUGUUGAACCUGGAGCCUUUGAUAAUUUGGACAAGUUGAGGGACUUGGACAUCUCUGGUGCCUCAUUAGAAAAACUAUCUGUGGGCACUUUCCAAAACCUCCCAAGUUUACAGAGGCUGGAGCUGAGAGACAGCCAGCUCAGAUCCAUCCCCAAAGGCCUGUUUGAUGGGCUGGAAAGUUUGGGAGAGCUCUCCCUGCACAUCAAUGCAAUUCCUUCUCUUCCAGAAGGCAUUUUUGAUUCUCUUGUCAAUCUAACUUUUUUGGACCUGUCUAGAAACAGGAUCACAACUCUUCAUGUGAAUGUCUUUAGCAAACUGACCCAGCUGCAAGUCCUCAGGCUGUAUGAGAACGAGUUGCAGGACCUGCCAGAGGGACUGCUAGACAGUCAGCGGGAGCUGCAGGAGCUCAGCCUCCAGAGCAACAGGCUCAGGGCGCUGCCACCCAUGCUUCUGAGGAACCUGCCUCACCUGGAGAAGCUCCUCUUGGACAACAACCUCAUCAGUGUUCUCCCACCUCAGGGCUUUUUUGGUUUAAACAAACUGAAGUUGCUGACUCUGGGCUCAAACCAUAUUGUGGAGCUGCCCUGCUGCCUUUUUGACACCAUGCCGCACUUGAGGGAGCUGGAUAUGGGCAGGAACAGUUUGGCCACCCUUCCAGAUGGCAUCUUUGUCAACCUCACAUCCCUUGGCAAACUCAUCUUGUCCCACAACCACCUAUCAGCCCUGCCAAGAGGAGUCUUCACUGGGCUCAGCAAGCUCUUGGACCUCCAGCUGGACACAAAUCAACUCUCUACUCUGGAUGAAGAGGUCUUUGCUUCUCUCCCAAAUCUGAAAACCCUCAACCUUCGAAAGAACGAGCUGGGGAGUGUUCCCCAAGGGCUCCUAGACCCUCUGAAGAAGCUCAGCUCAGUGUAUUUUAGUGGUAACCCAUGGAGAUGUGACUGCAACCUCUGCUACCUGCACCGCUGGAUCCUGGGCAACAAGGAGAAGGUCAAAUUGUCCACCCAAGUCUCCUGCAAGAGCCCACCCCAUCUGGCAGGACAAUCAGUAACAUUGCUGAGGGAUGAACACCUGAUGUGCCCAGGAACUCUGCCAUUUAACGCCACACCACCACAAAGGACGUCAGCAUUCCUGUCACGUGGAGUCAUGUCCACAGCAGCACCAACCGUGCUGUCACUGGCAUCCUUUCCCAUCAGGACACUGCCAACCACUCUUUCACCUGUGGUCACCUCUGCUGUGUUGCCAACCAUGCCAAUGGAGGCUGCCUUCACCACUCUGUCACCAACCAAGCCAUCUAAGGCCUUUGUCACCAUCCCACCCCCAGCUGUGCUGCAGAAGGCCUUCAGCACCAGCCCAUCAACAGCCAAUAAGCCCAAGACCUCCAUCACCACAACGUCAACAACCACUGUGCCCAGGUCCUCCAUCACCAUACCAUCAACAACCACUAUGCCCAGGUCCUCCAUCACCACAAUGUCAACAACCACUGUGCCCAGGUCCUCCAUCACCACAAUGUCAACUACCACUGUGCCCAGGUCCUCCAUCACCACACCACCACCAACUGCGCUGCCAGAGACCUCCAUCACCACACCAUCACCAACUGUGCUACCAAAAGCCUUCACCAGCACCUCAUCACCAGCUGUGCUGUCAGAGACCUCCAUUACCACCUCUUCACCAACUGAGCUGCCAAAGGCUUUCACCGCCACACCACCAUCAUCAGCUGAGAUGCCCAAGGCUUCCAGCACCACCCCAUCAUCAGCUGUUUCAACUUCAGCCAUCGUAAGGCUAAAAUCUCCUGGGACCACCCACCCAGAACCUGUGCCACCCACUCUAGCUUCUGCCACCACGCUGGUGCCAACAAGGCCACCGGCAGCCACCAGCAGGCGAGAGCCUCCUGCUCUCUCAGUGCCCAGGGAGAGGCCAGCCACCAUCCCCCAGGGGACACCCACAGCCCCUGCUGUCUCUGCUCCCUCCCUGGCUCUGCAGCCAUUCCCCAGCCCUGCUGCUCUGGGCACAGUCCCGCUGGCCUCACGUUCACCAUCGCGCCAUGCUCCUGCACCCGGCCGGGAAUGGGGCUAUUCCACCGCGUGGGACUUGUCCACAGCUGGUGUCCAGCCCACCCCCACCGCCCCCCAGCACGCUCCUGCCCCGGCAGGCACUGUCCCGCUCCCAGCACCUCCCAUCCCCACACCAUCGGCCAGCCCGAGCCCCUGGCCAGCCUCCCCCACUCAUCGUGCCUGGGGCUUGUCCCUGCGGACCAGCCCAUGGCAGUGCCAGGUGUCCCUGGCCCUGGGGCUGGCCGUGCUGGCACUGCAGGCAGCCUGCACGCUGCUGGGAGGGGUGGUGGCUCUCCUCCUUCACCAGGACACCCGCCACCACCCCGGGCCACCUGUGAGGCUGCUGAGCCUUCAGGCCCUGGCUGCUCCAGGCACCCCUGAGCCAGCCGUGGCACCGCCCUGAGCUUGGCUGCCCCUGUCUGACCUCCUUUGGGGUCCGCAGCCGCGCUGGCCCCGGGAUGGGGGUCCCGGCACGCCGGCGGAUCCCAGGGAAGGGGUCCCAGCAGCCAGGCUGUUUUGGGAUGGCUCCUGGCGAUGCUGGGAGCCUGCCCGCCUACGCGCAGUGUCCCUGCCUGACGGCCCUUCUGCCGAGGGACACUAGAUGGCAUCCCGACACAGGCAGCGUCACCUGCCACCGACACGCCGCAGCCCCGCAGCCGCCGGCCGGGACCCGCCGCGCACGGGACACGGCCGCUCUUCGCUCGCAGGGCCGGGAGCCCCUGCCUGAAUCUCCUCCCAUCACUGGAAGGUGCUUGCAGUCCUUGAGGAAAGAUAAUCACAAGGCUUCCCGCCCUGCGCCCUGUCUUCGCUGUGCCACGUUACAGGAUGUGUCAGUGUCUGUACCACCAUCAUACACAGACCUCUUCCCGUGUCCCUCUCCCUUUUCUCCUCCCUAAUAUUAAAGUCUCCCCUGCAGGUCUGAUGGGCUGGUGAGAAGACUGUUUUCAUGCUGGGGGUUUUCUUGGCACGCUGCUGUGGGGGAUUCCUGUUGCAUGCUGGAGUGUGGGGUCCCAGUCAGUGCUGGGGUAGGACCCGGGCUGACCCUCCACAGGCAGUGGCACUGUGAGACAAUAGAUAAG